GCAUAGACGCACUGAACGAGCUGAUUCUGCGGCAUGUUGCUGAAUUCGUGGAGGAGGAACUGGCCACCGUUGGCAGCCCCUACCUGCUCACGUUCAUGGACGAUGUGAUGCGCCGGACAAUCUUGAGAGGCGCUGCAGAAAUUGGUGCGGGCCUUCUCCCCGAGAGCCAACCCUGGGUCACGGCGGCCCUGGUCCAGAUGGAAGAAGCAGUCCGGACAAGCUCCUUCGCCUUCAUCGCCAGCCUCCCCGAUGAGACCAAAGACUAUUUGAUGAAGCUCAAGGCGACUGCAGCCUCAGCCGCUUCAGACCCUACGGAAGUCGUGAGCCAGGCUUUAGGGCGACAUCUGCAGGCUCAACAGGAGCCAGCAGCCGCCUGA